UUGUUCUCGUCCCUCUUGCGCCCCCGUUCCUCUCCCCUCACGCUGGGGCGGGGGGCGGGCGGGGGGACCCCCCCCACUCCUGCCGUUACAUGGUGAGGUGGAGACGCCAGCACCCAGAGAAUGGUGAAUAACACUGAAGACCCUCAAGAGGCUUUAUAACGUCCCAUCUCCAUGUAAAGUAUGCUCAGAACUUUUCCAGUAGUCUGGAAAUAUGUUGGAUUUCAGUAUUAAAAUCACCACUUGAAAUUGUAAAGAUCUAGUUCCCAGCAGGAAAGAAGUCUGGAGCCUGCUGGAAACCAUGUCUCACUACACAGACGAGCCAAGAUUUACCAUAGAGCAGAUAGAUCUGCUCCAGAGGCUGAGACGCACGGGGAUGACCAGGCACGAAAUCCUGCACGCGCUUGAAACCUUGGAUCGUCUUGAUCAAGAGCAUAGUGACAAAUUUGGAAGAAGGUCCAGCUACGGAGGGGGUUCCUACAGCAACAGCACCAACAAUGUCCCAGCAUCUUCCUCGACAGCCACAGCUUCCACGCAGACCCAGCAUUCUGGGAUGUCCCCAUCACCCAGCAACAGUUACGACACCUCCCCACAGCCUUGCACUACGAAUCAGAACGGGAGGGAGAGUAACGAGAGGUUGUCUGCCUUCAAUGGGAAGAUGUCACCCACCCGCUACCCACUGGCAAACAGCUUGGCUCAGAGGUCGUACAGUUUUGAAGCUUCUGAAGAGGACUUGGACAUUGAUGACAAAGUGGAGGAGCUGAUGAGGAGGGACAGCAGUGUGAUAAAGGAGGAAAUCAAAGCCUUCCUGGCCAACCGGAGGAUUUCCCAAGCAGUCGUUGCACAGGUAACAGGGAUCAGUCAGAGCCGGAUCUCCCAUUGGCUGUUGCAGCAGGGCUCAGACCUGAGUGAACAAAAGAAAAGGGCAUUUUACAGAUGGUACCAACUUGAGAAGACAAAUCCUGGGGCCACGUUAAGCAUGAGACCCGCUCCUAUCCCAAUAGAAGAGCCAGAAUGGAGACAGACACCUCCCCCAGUCACAGCUACCUCUGGGACCUUCAGACUACGGAGAGGCAGUCGGUUCACAUGGAGAAAGGAGUGCCUGGCUGUUAUGGAAAGUUACUUCAAUGAGAAUCAAUAUCCAGACGAGGCAAAGAGAGAAGAAAUUGCCAAUGCCUGUAAUGCAGUUAUACAAAAGCCAGGAAAAAAGUUAUCGGAUUUGGAGCGAGUUACCUCCCUUAAAGUGUACAACUGGUUUGCCAACAGAAGAAAGGAAAUCAAGAGAAGAGCCAAUAUUGAAGCAGCAAUCCUGGAGAGCCAUGGAAUAGAUGUACAGAGUCCAGGAGGUCAUUCCAACAGUGACGACGUGGAUGGCAACGACUACUCCGAGCAGGACACUUGGCAAGUACGCAAUGGGGAGGAGGAGGGAAGAUGUUCAGAGGGAGGCAGAGAAGCAGAGAAGGUAGAAGAAGACAGGAGGAUCUGCUCCAAACAAGCAAGUUACACCAUUCAUACCACACGCAAUGAUGACAGCACUAGCCAUAGUGACCACCAAGACCCCAUCUCACUAGCCGUGGAAAUGGCAGCUGUAAACCACACCAUCUUGGCAUUGGCCAGGCAAGGAGCCAACGAGAUCAAGACAGAGGCUCUAGACGACGACUGAUACCAGAGGAAGGGGAGGGUCGAAGCGAGACGUAACUUAGUUUUAGACGUAGCACCUUAGCAGACUUUCCUCAGUCCUUAAUAUGUGUUCUUACAGUAUAACUUUGCAGUUUCUUGUACGUCAGUUAGCUGUUAGGGUCUUGUUCUGUGAAGAUGGCAUGGUGCCCUCAGCCUUUGCAUAUACUCUCUCAGUAUUAAUUCCCAAUCAAUAAUCAAUCAGCCAACCAACCUCCCUCUCCCAGCCCCAGUGGCUAGAAAAAUCUUGCUGCUCUGUCUUAGCAUUCGAAGUGCUUCCAGGUAUUUUAGACAGCCCUCAAUUACAAGUCGUAGGCUACACGUAAAAUCUUGGAUACCCUUAGAGAUUGUGUGAAACAAAACAAAAUAGUCUGUAUGCUUUUCCUUCUCUGAGACUGAAAGGAUGCAAGCUGAGGUAGUGGCACAGGGUCGAUGGACACCAGAUCGGGAGUAUCAACAGAGAGUAAAAAGAACACUAGAAACCCCACUUCAGCAUGGGAAUAAAUCAUUUCCAGCUGCAAUAAGCCGUGUGCCUCACUGGUCAUACAGUGACUUGAUAAAUACUUUUGGGUGCUGUGCUGAGAAUGUCCAUUGGAAACACAUUGACACAUUUGGGUUGAUGUUCACAUAUUCAACACAGACAUCCUCUACUCUCACAAGCUGCGUGGCUUAGUGGAUAAGUACUGCCUUCUGCCUCUGGGACCAUGAUUGAAGCCCAGCCUGGGAUCAUACAAAAAAAUGAGCUGAAUGUCUAAUGGACAAUAGUCCACUUCUCAAAACCACUAUUCAUUAUUUGGCAUGGCUGGCAGUGCGUGCUCAGAAGAGGUCUAGACUCUAUUGAUCUGUCAUUAACAAUCUCACCUUUUAUUCUUCCUCUCGCCUUUUUCUGUCCCUGCCCCACUCACCUCUCCACUUUGCCACUUCCAAAAGCAAUGUUUUCCAGGAAGGUAUUAAGGUCCUAAAAUGGGUGAGUGGAUUUUUACACAUCUGUGUAACUAAUGCCUACGUCCUUAUUAGCCUGAAAAGUUGUUGGAGAACUUUUGCAUCUGACCUUUGCUAGAUAACCAGAAAUGUUCUCCUAAAUAUGAACUGCUUUUUGUUUGUUUAAAGGCAGGAGGAACUCUUAACUGAGAAAUGGGGUGUGAAUGUUUUGUGUUCUCUUUACUCUGUCCUUGUUAAGAUGUGAGAAAGCUAUACUGCUACGAGCAAUUUAAUUAAUGAUUGGAAGCCAUACUGAUAAUGGAUGUGGUAAUAUUUGUAAAGCAAACCUACUUUAAGUAGCAGAAACUAAUGGAAUUGUUUUCCUUGACCAUAUGUAGCACUUUUGUUACUUUUUUCUUAAAGAUAUUUAUAUUUGAUAAGUCUUUUUUUUAUCAUUUGAGAAUUCAAAAUACCAAACAGCAGACUUGCAUUACAGAGUCACCCUGCGAUCACCUUGUCAUCUAGUAUCUAAAUGAUGAACUGUGUGUGCUUCUAAGAAAAUUACAUCUGCUGGCAUUGUGUGGAAAUGAUCUCCUGGCAUCCUGAUAAAAUGAUAUGUUGCUGCUGGUAAGAGGAAACCUUUCAAUGGGAACAGCAUGGGAAGUGUUAGAGACGGGCAGGACUGUGUCCCAUUUAAAAUAAAAAUUAAAAAAAAAACCAGAAAUUUUUGUAGAUUGAGAUGCAAAAAACAAAUUUUUGCAUAGUGUUUCCACAACAUUCCAUAUUUAUUCCUCUCCUUUAUGGGGGGGAUAGUUUAAAAAUGGGAAAACAGCUGAAUCUGAAGGAUGGGUUUCCCUUCUCUCCCCUCCGUUUCUAAAGGUGGAGGGAACAAAGGGGAGUUCCUGGUACUGGGCUUGUUCUCCUCCCUUCCUCUCACAUAACUAUCAGAUAGUAUUGUGGACUCCUCAAAUGUGGCUCCUCAGCAUGUUUUUAGCCAGCCUAAACCCUGUCAAGGCAUAGCCUAACUCCUUGUUAGGUCUGUUAAUCUUGUGGAAAUUGCUUAGGUAAGUGUGGAGGAGAUUUUUGUGCUUUCAGAGGGCACAGAGUUGGCACCUCUUUGUCUCUGGAACUUUGAAGAUAUAUAGGGAGGGCUUGGCCUCACCUUUCAUUUAUGGAUUUCAUUGGAGAAUUUAUGUGCUUUCCUUAGCUAUAGAUUGCUGAAGCAGAACAGAGCAGUCUUUUUUCCUGUUUUAUUGCAUUUCUUGAGUAGGCAAAUUCCUAAGUAGCAUCAGGGCAGACUCAGGAAAGGGAUUGGAUCAGUGACCAUUGCACCAUAGCAUUUUUUUUCUUAAUGUGUGGAUGAAUGUUUUGGUACCAAGGAGUGAAAGGCUGGGGAGAGCUUUUAUUUCUAUUUUUGCACAGUGGAAUGAUCAAGCAAACUAUAGCCUUAGUGGAAUUUUACCCACUUAUUCAUACUUCAGUCACACACCAAGCUGACAAGCAACAGCCACGAUUUAUAGUAAGGAGAUUUUAAUAAUCGAUGGCCUCUUUAUGUUGGUAUUGCCACCACCAUUUGUUCUGGCUGUUUCAUUUAAAAAAGGACAGACUCAAACUGUUGGACAGCUGCAAUUUUAAAAGAAAUAUUGCUUACUACACCAUCUUUUUUUUUUUUUUUUUUUUUUAAAUGUCACCGUUUCGAGCGUUGCCUUUUUUAAGCAAUAUGAGAAGAAUAAAAGUAGCAUUAGAACUUUUACAUCCUGAUUUUAGGUUCGUGUGAUGCAGAAUCAAAAGUAGCACCACUAAGAUUUUAUGUCUGUGCCAUCUGAUGUAGAAUAAGCUGGUCUUAAUUGUGGUUGUUUCUGUCAGGGAGCUGCUGCUCUCAUCCUGCAGCAAUAUCAUAUCUGAAGGUUAAACAGUUGAACCCUUUGUACACAACUGGAAAUUGGCAGAUCCUCCUUGUCUGGAAAUACCACUUUACAAGAGGAAAAAACAAAUGACUUACCUGGGGAAUCAGACACUUUAGUUCCAUGGUGUCAGUUUUUGGGUUGUCCCUGUCUGUUUGGCUUUUCUUUCACCAUGGAGGUACAAGGGAAGAGUAAGAGUUCAGCUGCUAGCAGGAUGCUCAUAGUGGUUCUGUUUCUUUUAUUCUGAGAGUUCAUCAUGAACAGUUUGCAUCUGGCUAAUAACUUUUUGGUUUGGCAUGGAUUAGCUGAAAUGGAACAGACAGUGGUGUGAUGAUACCAAGAGAGGGGCAGGUGAUGCAGAGUAAGUGAAAAUAUUGGUGCAGUGUCCUGGAAUUCAGUCUUUGUUGAAGGUUUUUUUUUUUUUUCCACAAUAUGGGAAUCAUCUUUGUCUUUCAGUUUCUGGAUUUUCUUGAAAAUUAAGCCUCAUGUUUUGUAGCACUGCAGUUCAGUUGCAAUUUGUUGUAGCCAGACUGGAAUAAACUGCAAUUUGUUCUCCUGUGGGUUCCCUUGAAGUGAAUCCAGUGGCAGGCUAGAUCUAUCUUUUUGUUCUGUGAAUAGAGAAGAGAUUAUUUAAGAUGCUUUUCUUCUGUGAUGGGCACAGAUGGCGUUUAACUUUGUGGAGUAAGUUCUGGCUGUUAUUUUGUUCCUCAGAAAGUCCUUAUACUUGAGUUGUUGUCUCUUACAGUCUUCUGAAAACAACAGUUUCUACCUCCACUUCUUUUUGUUGUUGUUGUUGUUGUUUUGGGGUUUUUUUCUUUGUUUUGGUGUUUGGUUUGGGUUUUUUUAAUUCCUCUACCUUUUUCCUGGAGUAGAAGAUCCCAGAUAUUUGCAAAAGCAUUCUGUUGAUAAAAGAGUCAACAUAGCAAUGAGUAGAUGUGUUGUCUGUUGAUUCCCUGGCAUUGCAGAGACAUCUUCUGAACACUGUAUGAACAUCUUUAUUGUCAUCCCAGUACCCACAUGUUGGAUGUGCACAAGUUGGUUGUCAGUCAGCUCUGCACCCUCACAGCAAGUAAGGAAUUUCACUAGGAGGUCAAGGAAAGCCAUAAAUCCCCUCUGUUCAUCACUUGUUGGGAUCACCUCUGGAAUUCUGUGUGCAGGAUUGAGCAGGGGUGAGUCCAUUGCAGGACUGCUGAGAUGAGAAGGUUUGGAGCACAUGGAUGAGAGAGGAGAGUUUUACUCUGAGAAUGUAAAUUUUGGUUUUCAGCUGCCUUAGUGGUUAAGUUUAGAGAAGAUAAAGGCUCCACUCAGUGGUGCACAGCAAAAAUGUGAAGGGCAGUAGCCUCAAGUGGCUUUAAAGAGAAUUCCAGAGGGUUAUAAUGAGAAAUAUUUUCAUACUCAGAGUGUUAGAACAGUGGCCCAGGAAAGCAGUGGAAACCCCAUCCCUGGGGAUAUUCAAAACUCAACUGGACAGGGCUGGAUUAGAGACCUCCAGAGGUUUCUUCUGACCUAAAUUAUUUUAUGAUUCUGUGCAAACCUGCUCAGGUUGAGACAUUUACUAGUUCUGAUCUCUACAUGUUGUCUUUUUUCAAGAAAUCCUCUUAAUUUAUAGUUGGGUUUGUUUUGUUUGUUGGGGUUUUUUUCCCUGUUCUGUUGUUCAUAAAAGUUCUCUUUCCUGUUCUACUAACAGGGGAGCUUUAUUUGCAGGGCCCAGCUCCAGGCUCCAAUCAAGCCAUAACUAAUAAAUUUCAUUAAUUAUUUGCUCUGUUUACACAGUUCUUCAGGGAUAUUUGAAUUACUCUGUUUGGUUUGUUGCCUAACAUUGGACUGGUAAGUUUUCCAUGUUUUUGUAGCAGUCCUGCUGUAGAUCAGGUUUUUGCCUUCAUUUGUGAGGAUUUCUCAGUGUUUUGCUGCUGUGAGUGCAGGCAAAAAAAAAAAUUCACCUAGCUGAACAUAGUAGUGGAAAAAAAUGUAGUUAGCUUAAGCCCAGUGGUGACUACUGUGAUAAACCAGGAAUUUCUGGUCCAGUAAAUCAUUAAAUUGGUGAUUAUCAGGAGCUGAAAGGGUGUAAGUGGGAAAGAGUCACAUUAGACAUUUGGAUCCUCCUGUUCUUUUAGUGUUUGCUGUUGACCACUGUUAGGGAAAAGAAUACUCUAGGUCUGAUUUGAAUGUUAUUUUGAAAAUAAAUUAUAAUAGUGUUUGCCAAUAUGGACUGGCCUGGGGUCAGGUAAGAGUCUCAAGUGUUGAGCUCUGCCUUGAAGGUGCAGAAGAACCUGGAGAUGAGUUCCCCAAGAUUUUGAGGUCUCCUGUGUGCUCUGAAGUUCUCCUUGACAAUGAGAUGCUGCUUGCAAAGGAAUAAAAUGAAAGG